AAAAACCCUAUCCCUUAUAUAUUCACGCUCCCUUCUCCUCACCCCCCAUCAAGCAGCCGCUCCUCGUUCUCACCUGUGCUCUCCUCUUGAAGCAGCAGAAGCUUAUCUGUGAAGAUGGGUCGUGUUCGUACUAAGACAGUGAAGAAGUCCUCACGCCAGGUUAUUGAGAGGUACUACUCUAAAAUGACAUUGGAUUUCCACACCAACAAGAAGAUUUUGGAAGAGGUUGCUAUCAUCCCCUCAAAGAGGCUCCGCAACAAAAUUGCUGGGUUCUCUACCCAUCUAAUGAAGCGUAUUCAGAAGGGACCAGUCCGUGGCAUCUCACUGAAACUUCAAGAGGAAGAGCGCGAGCGUCGUAUGGACUUUGUGCCUGAAGAGUCUGCCAUUAAGAUCCAAGAGAUUAAAGUUGACAAAGAGACCAUUGACAUGCUUGCUGCCCUUGGUAUGUCAGACUUUCCUGGGAUUGUUGAAGUUGAACCUCAGCCUAUGGUUCCUACCCAGGGCUUUGGCAGAGGAGGUGGUGCUAGGAGGUACUAGAGUUAAAUAACCUCAUCGCGAUGUUCAAGUGCGAGCGCCAGAAUUUUAAAUUUUGUGUCUGAAUGUCUUUUAUUUAGUGCUCACUUUCAGAGUUUUUAUUUAUAUUAUCCUCAAUGGUAUUGGUGCUUGAUGUUUAAAACUGGAGAAUUAGUUGAUUUUGCUGUUAAAAGACUGAUAUUUUAGUUGAUUCAA